CAAGGGUGACACCCGCUCUUCUCCUAGUUAAAAUACUCUUAAAUGAAGUCGUAAUGGGAUUUGGUCGUUAGUUUUUAUAACCUGUAGUUUUAAUAACAGGUUUAACAGUUCGGUUGUUUCUGAACGCAUUUAACUCGAUUUCUGACAGCGUCGUUUAACGCAUAUGAUGACUUAUUGUUCCUGUAACGUGGCGUCGCCCUGUCUGACGUAGCCAGCAUGCACGUAAAGCCUGUCUGUGCUUGUUUAUGAGACGAACAUGUGAUGCCGUCAUGUUAUUCAGGCCGCAGAGGCACGAAGCGCAAAGCGGAGGUUCAGGCCGAGGAGGAGGAGCAUCAAGCAUCGCGAGAGGAGCACGACGCAUCGCGAGAGGAGGAGGGCAAAAGCGGCGAGAAUGGCCUAAAGGUGGUCAUUGAACACUGUAAAAGCUGACGAGUGUAUGGGCGUAACGCUGAGGAGGUGAAAUCUGCCCUUCUGGCCGCCCGCCCUGGUCUGACUGUGGUCCUCAACCCCGAGAAGCCCCGCAGGAACAGCUUCGAGGUCACUCUGCUGGACGGAGGCAAAGAAAUCUCUCUUUGGACGGGCAUAAAGAAGGGACCGCCUCGUAAGCUGAAGUUUCCUCCGCCUGAUGAUGUUGUUGCCGCUCUGCAGGAAGCUCUCAAGACUGAAUGAACGCCGAGUGAAGCCGAGGAUCCAGAAGAUCUGACUGGUGGAAGCAGAAUGAUGAGGGGGGACACAGGAGACCUUCUCAGUCCCUCCUCUGAUGAGCCCAGCUCCAUCUCAACUCUUCUGGGGACACGGCGACACCUAGUGGAUCAUCUCGGAGCAAACGCAGAGUUGUGUUUUAGAGCCAGGGUUUUUGUAGUUGUUGUUGCUAAAUAAAGUGUUUACAAGUUUUCUUA